GCGCAAAUAGGCAGCCAGGCACAUCAGCAGCAGCGGCAGAGCAUCUUCCUGAUCCUGAUCUCCCGUGUCUUCAGCUUCCAGUCCUCUGUGUGCGUCUCUGAUUGAGAUUUCACUGCCCGACUGAAGUGUCCAGAAGCCUCCGCCAACCAUCACCUCCCACCACACACUUUCUCUGGAGCUCGGUUAUUCUUAGCUCAGCUGCGAGAGACUGUCCUUCCGGUCCUUCUCUUAUUUAUCCCAGUUUCUUGAAUAUUUAAUGGAAAAUGGCGAUCUGCGCGCAGUCGUACGGUAUUUUCUGCCUCUUCACAAUUCAAACUGUACUUAUCAUAUGCGUCUCCACGCCGACAGACGGGACCCAUCUCUUCCCCCAGAACUACACAAUGAUUCACUGGGCUGGACGCAUCGAGAAAGAGCUGGAAAAGGUUCUGCAACACAUCACCGGAACUCAGCAGAUGAGAUCGAUUUAUAAUGAGAAGAAGAGCCAGUUUGAAAUCAAGAAAAACAACCCCAAGGACUUGGUGGAGAGAGUGGCACGGGACAUCUCCAAGCUGCUCAACAGUAAGAGGAAAGCCCUGGAGAAACUGGCCAGGGAGGCGGAGCAGCUUCAGAAGGAGCAUGUAUGGCAAGACGGUGUGACGGAGAAUGCCAUUUCAUACUACGAUUCCAAAGCGGAUUCAGACUAUACGGAGGACGGAGAAGAAGAGAACCCGCUGGAGACCACAACCUCUUUGGAGCUGGAGUUUGUGGACGAUCCAAACUUUAAAAACAAGGUCAACUACUCCUCCAGUGCGGUCCAGAUUCCUACAGACAUAUACAAAGGCUCCCCUGUCAUCCUAAAUGAGUUAAACUGGACCCAGGCUCUGGAGAGGGUCUUCAUUGAAAACCGUCGGGAGGACAGCUCUCUGCGGUGGCAGGUGUUUGGCAGUGCCACAGGAGUGACACGAUACUACCCAGCCACUCCAUGGAGGGCACCCAACAAGAUCGACCUGUAUGACGUCCGCAGAAGACCAUGGUAUAUCCAAGGUGCAUCGUCUCCAAAGGACAUGGUCAUCAUUGUGGAUGUGAGCGGAAGUGUCAGCGGACUCACUCUGAAGCUCAUGAAAACCUCUGUUGUGGAGAUGCUGGAGACUCUGUCAGAUGAUGACUAUGUGAAUGUGGCCAGGUUCAAUGAGAAGGCCGACGCUGUUGUUCCUUGCUUCAGGACUUUGGUCCAAGCCAACGUUCGUAACAAGAAGAUCUUCAAGGAGGCCGUCAUGCAUAUGCAAGCCAAAGGAACAACAGAUUACAAGUCCGGCUUCACAUUCGCCUUUGAACAGCUUCUCAAUGAAAGCAGCGCCCCGCGGGCCAACUGCAAUAAGAUGAUAAUGAUGUUUACAGAUGGCGGGGAGGAUCGUGCACAAGAAAUCUUUGAGAAGUACAACUGGCCCAACAAAACAGUUCGUGUGUUCACCUUCUCUGUUGGCCAACAUAAUUAUGAUGUCACACCUUUGCAGUGGAUAGCAUGUGCCAAUAAAGGUUACUACUUUGAAAUUCCAUCGAUUGGAGCCAUCAGAAUCAACACCCAGGAAUACCUGGAUGUCCUGGGCCGUCCCAUGGUGCUGGCUGGGCCUAGAGCAAAGCAGGUGCAGUGGACAAACGUCUACCAGGACGCACUGGGUUUGGGCCUUGUCAUCACUGGGACAAUGCCAGUCUUCAACCUCACUGCAGAUACUGUGAGCUCUCAGAACCAGCUCAUCCUGGGAGUUAUGGGAGUAGAUAUUGCAAUCAACGAAAUCAAAAGGAAGACUCCUACGUACAGACUUGGAGCCAAUGGUUACACUUUCGCCAUCGAUCCAAAUGGCUACGUACUGCUGCAUCCCAACCUGCGACCUAAGAUCAUUAACUUUAGGGAGCCCGUCACUCUGGACUUUCUGGACGCAGAGCUGGAGGACAGCAACAAGGAGGAGAUCCGCCGACAGAUGAUUGAUGGCAAAUCAGGGCAAAGGAAAAUCAAGACGCUCAUUAAGUCAGUUGAUGAGAGGUACAUCGAUGAGGCCAUGCGGACAUACACAUGGACGCCUGUGGAUGGUACAGAUUACAGUCUAGGGUUGGUACUGCCCACAUAUAGUGAGAACCACAUCAAGGCCAACCUGAGUGACCAGAUCCUUCAGGUGCAGUAUUUUGAAUCACUGCUGCCAAACAGUUUUGAGUCUGAAGGACAUGUAUUCAUUGCUCCCAGGGAGUACUGCAAUGACCUGGAACUGUCUUACAACAACACUGAGUUCCUGCUCAAUUUUAUUGCUCUCAUGGAGAAGGUGACACCAGACUCUAAACAAUGUGACAAUUUGCUCCUUCAUAACCUGAUUCUGGACACUGGCAUCAUCAGGCAGCUGGUUGAGAAAGUGUGGAAAAAUAAAGACUUGAAUACAUAUGGCUUUCUAGCCGUGUUUGCUGCGACAGAUGGAGGUAUAACAAGAGUGUUUCCAAACAAGGCUGCAGAAACAUGGGAGGAAGACCCUGAGCCAUUUAAUGCCAGCUAUUACCGCCGCAGUCUCGACAACAAGGGCUACAUCUUCCGAGCGCCUUAUCGAACAGCCAGGGACGAAUUGCUGAACCCAGAAAAUGACACCAUAGGCAUCCUGGUCAGCACGGCUGUGGAGAUCACAAUAGGAGGAAAGACCAUCAAACCUGCAGUGGUUGGAGUGAAACUAGAUCUUGAAGCCUGGACGGAUAAGUUCAAGAUUCUUGCCACCAACCACACAGACAAUCGUCAAGGCUCAAAUACGUGUGGACCAAACAGGGAGUGUGAAAUGGACUGUGAAGCCAACAGUGAUGAUCUCCUGUGUUAUUUAAUAGACGAUGGUGGAUUCCUGAUCAUGUCCAAUCAGAAGGAUGACUGGAACAAGGUGGGAAUGUUCUUCAGUGAUGUUGAUCCGUACUUGAUGUACGCUCUCUACAACAAUUCCUUCUACAACCGCAAGCAGUCAUUUGACUACCAGUCUGUGUGUGAACGGGUGCCCAACAGUGAAGCUGGAGCUGCGCCCAGAGGAGUGUUUGUGCCUACAAUUGCCGAUUUUGUAAACCUGGCAUGGUGGACAUCAGCAGCUGCAUGGUCCUUGUUCCAACAGUUUAUCUAUGGACUGGCUUAUCAUAGUUGGUUCGUCACAGAUGAGGUGGAUGCAGAUGGAAUCGAUUCCAAAGAGCGGAGUUGUGUAAUGAUCCAGACCCAGUUCUACUUAAGUAAUCUCAGCAGCUCCUACUACAUACUGCAAGACUGUGGCAACUGCUCCAGGCUGAUUCAUGCCAAGAGGAUAAACAACACCAACUUACUGUUUGUGGUGGCAGAGAAGAUGCCAUGCAACACCUGCGAGAUAGAGAAGCUGUCCCAGGAGGAGGAGGAGUUCAAGGAGGAAAAUCCAUGUGAAGAAAUGACUGUGGCACGUUAUCGAAAAGGACCGUCUACCUGCUUUGACAUGAACAUCGCCGAGAACACGUCGGACUGUGGGCGAGGUCACUCUUUCCGUCCGUCUCUCUACACUUUACUGCUCAUCCAGCUGCUUCUGCUUUAUCCGGCUGUCAGCCCCCACAUUCACUCCCUACUACAUUAAUUACA